AUGGAAAAGCAGCGGCAACGGCUGCUGCAGGCCAAUGGCCAGCCUGCUGCAGCAGCGGAUGCCCAGUCCACACCUCCCGCCUCCUCCGGCGUCACCUCGGCGUGGGAUCAGAAGCAGCUCUCUGCCGAUGACAAUAUCCGUCUCGUCUUCCUCUUCACACUCGCGGUCCCGACCUUCGCGUUUUGGUACUGCAACCUGCGCGUGAUGGUGCCGAGGGUACUGCUGUGGAUUCAUCGGCACUGCCGAAGCACCAACAAGGCGGCUCCUAUGGAAGUACACUGUCAGGCGCUUUUCCCGGUUCCACUUGCUGAGCUGAUACUCGGCCUUGGCUGUGUCGCGCUCGUGUGGUACGCUCGUUUUGUCUACCUGGAUCACCGGGAUAAGGAUGUGAGCCUGAAGCGGCACAACAAGCGGUGGUUUGACCGCGCGGUGAACUGGUUCAAGUUCUGCGUGUACCGGCGGUACGUCGACUGCCAGUGCCGUUUGUGGAAACGCUACUUCUCCCUGCAGCUGGUGCCGGCAUAUGGCCCACUGCCGCUGUUCCUGUUUCCAGGUGAGGCGGGGGCCGGUGAGCGAGGUCAGGCCGCGGAGAGCGGCCACACCUCUAUGCGCGCGUUUGGUGUGGUCUCAGCCACCCGACACAACCCGUUCUUUAUCUCCGCCUCGACAAAUGACGUACCGUCCCCGACGGACACGCCGUUCACAGCUGUGCCCUCCAUGGAGCGCCACGAGUCGCCACUCAGCCUCGGGAGGCAGACCCCCGGCAACACCGUCGGAACAGCGCCGGGUAACGCAUCGGCAACAAAGCCGCACAAGGGCUACGAUGACAAUAGCGGCGAUGACUGGGACGAGGAGGAGCGUAGGCUCCUGCGGCCGCGCCACCGCCGUACCCCCACCACCCCGACGAGGCCGCCGUCGAAACAGCGUUGUGACGUGAACGGCCAGCCCGGCGAGCUGCAUGCGCGUCAGUCCUCUGUUUCGUUCUCCUCCUCGGAGGUGUUGCCGGACUGCCCCCCGCCGCCACCGCCACCAAAGCCGCCGGCGAUGCGACGCGCUCACUACUUCUUCGCUGCCCACCCGCACGGCAUCCUUCCCUGGUGCUGCUGCGUGAACAUGAUCAGCAACAUCACACACCGUGACGAGAAGCUCUUUCUAGACAACCGCGAUAUGGUACUCCAUCCUCGCGACGCGCCGCACAUUUCGGUGCUCUCAGAGCCGGGGCAGCAGUCGUCGUCGUCGCUGCCACGCGCAGCGAACACCUUCACAACGAGUAGCACCCGUGCCAUCCCCCCCAUCUCCGGCCUAACUCUGGGCCCCUCUGGGUCGCCAACCACCGUCGCCGUGGAAGGCUCGACUGGUGCUGACUCGGCAGGUGGUGGUAUGGCGUACGCGAAGGGGCGCUACUAUGUCUACGACCCCUUCUUCAAGAAAUUCGUGCUUCGUCCCUAUAAGGACGAGGCGGUUCCAGUGACGCCGGCGGACGCGGAGGUGUACCGCCGGCGCCUUCGCACCGCGCAGGCGAAGCGUGAUGCCGCAUCCCUAAAGAAAGAAGCCGGCGCCGGUGCAGCCUCGACACGCGCCAGGGCUCUGCGCCGCCAAAUCAAGAUUCGCAUACGCGCCGUGGUCGCCACUUUCCCCUUCUAUGUCCCCCUCAUGCGCGAAGUCUACAUGUUUUACGGUUACAUGGACGCCUCGUACGAGACGUGCAAGCGUGUGUUGCUGUACAACAACAGCACCCAGCGGGAGCGAGAGGGCGUGCCUCCUGUCACGCCGGCCUUCCCUCGGAAAGUCGAGUUCACCACGGGUGCGAAAGAUUGUGGCAUAGGCGACGGCGAUGCCAGCGACGACGAGUACGAUGAGAGCGCCUAUCCUGAUGACCUCAACCACUUGCUGCUGUUCCCGGGUGGCGCUUCCGAGGCUCUUUUAUCCUCGGCUCACGGUCCUGCUCGUCUGCUGCUGCGACGCCGCAAAGGCUUUCUGCGCUUGACCAUCCACACACAGAGUGGGCUCGUGCCCGUGUACACCUUUGGGGAGACGGACUAUUUUGAGCAGCGCAGCUCCGCCACCACGCGGCACGCGACCCCAGUUGACGACGACGAGGGUUCGACAUACAUGUCUCGGCAGGGGCCGGUGGCAGACGCUCUCUCGAGACCAGACUCCAUGAGCGGCGACGGAGUGGCACCUCAGACGGCGCCCAAUGCGUCACCGCGGUCGAAAGAGGAGCAGCGGAUGCACCGUCACCCGCUCCAGAAUGGCCCGACCGCAGGACAACGCGGCGAUGGCACCUCAGCUUCGGGUCCAACUAACCGCGGCGGUGAUAACACCUCAUCCACAGGCACCACACCACCGAACAUCGUGAGCCCUCCCUGCCAGCCACCUCCUAGCGGCACCACAUUCACGUCCCCAGCGCUGUCGCCCAUCGCCGAAGCGCUCUGCAAGGUGCACCAACACGAAUCAUGGAAGGAUCGGGGGAGGAGACUGCUGAGGGAAGAGGGCGAGGCGUGGGGCCGGAAUGAGCGGUCGCCAACACCGCUGCACGUACAGGCGUUAUCCUUGGAAAAACGACACGAAAGCGGCAACACCGCAGCCUCGCUGAGGGAGCUCGAGGCGGCGACAAUGGUAAGCCACGAGACGAGUUUAUCGGAGAAGCCGCAGGACGGCCUCCCUUCUGUUUCCAAGCAGCUAGCCCAGAAGCACGCAGCAAAGACGGAGGUCAAGGUGGUGGCGGCCUCCUCGCCCUCCACCGUCAGCCGCCUCUCGCGUUUGAUCCAAGUUCUGCAGCGCCUCUUCCAGGAUACGUUCGGUCUGUCGCUGCCCAUCCUCAAGAACAUCAUCCCACACCGCGUCAUGGGUGCUACAGUCGUGGGCCGACCCAUCUACUUCGAGCUGCCGCCCGAGCUGCAGCGCAUGUACACCGACCCGGCGAAUUACUUCGAAAAGGAGAAGGAUCAGGAGGUGCUGCGGGCUGCGCAGGAGGUGUACUUUCACGAACUGCAAGAACUCUUUCUGAAGUACGCGCCACAGUACUUGAAAGACCCCAGUCGGCGCAAGCUCGAGAUUAUCUAG